AUGUCACUCCCAGCGAAGGCGACGCUUACUGGCGCCUGUCUCUUCACUGCCCUCACCGUCUAUGCAGUUCACUUUCAGCAGAAGCAGGAGCGCGAGACGCAAUACCAAGGUGUGCUGAAGGAUGACGUUCGCCGGGCGGAGAAGAUGCGCCAGCGCAAGGAGGACUUCGAAGAAUCCAAACGGAAGCGCGCGCUGUAUGAGAGCGUUCAAAGGGUUGAAAAAAAUACCUCUGAUGCAUGA